AUGUUUCGAAUAAGCGUGAUCUUGUUUAUUCUAUCACUUGCCAUCAGCAACGGUUUCAUUCCUCAUCCAUCUAUUCGCGUCGGAGGUCAAGCUGGCGGCAGUAUCACUCAUACCGAGAUAACUCAGAUUGCAUUCGUUCGUACUCUUGCUCGAUACCUUCUAGAAACAAAAGCACUUCAAAAAUACGAAGUUGAAAAUCAAGAAUAUACCAUUGAUGAUUUAUAUGCCUUGACAUAUCCGGACUGGUCAAAAGAAAAACUCCAUUUACAAACUUAUCCAUUAAAGAGUGUCCUCGAUACUUUAUUAGUUGAAAAUGCUAUGGUCGAUAUUGAUCAAUGGACGAAAAAAUUACCUGCAGCACACUUUGAUAGUGAAGCAUUUAGCAAUGCAAGUCGGCGGAUGAUUAAAAUGAGACGAAUAAUUAUUGAUGAUGUCAAGAAUGGAACGAAAGAUUUGAUUCAAGCACGGCAAUUGCUCGGACAACUCUUACAUACUUUACAGGACUUUUAUUCACAUUCGAAUUGGGUGGAAUUAGGUAAAAAGACUGUCAAUGAACGUCUGGGCAUAUAUGAAGAUAUUGGACCGGUUGCCUCACCGAAUCAACCGACUUGUACGAGUCAUGGAUGCGUCGCCAAAAAAGUGAAAUGUAGUUUCUUACAAAAAGUCACAUUGAACAAAUGUCCAUUGAAAUAUUACGAAUGUAAAGAUAAUAUUCGUCCUGAAAUCUUAAAGAAAGGUCUGUUAACCAGUGGUUAUUCUGUCAAUCAACAUAAUGAAGAUAAUGAACCAAUAUUCAAACCGACAAAUGUCGAAAAAUGUUCACAUGGUUCGGUCCUAGAUACAUCAUCACAUUUACCAGCAAUCGGAGGAAUCAAUAAAGAUACAAUCAUUUCCAUUUAUUCUCCACAUUUCGAUUUACAUUUUGAAGCAGCGACAAUGGCUGUUCUCGCUACUGAACGAUAUUUUAACGAUUUACGAAAAGAUUUGGGUGAUGAUGAUUUCGAUCGACUUUUUGCAUUACAUCCAACAGAAAAUGAAAUGAAUGCCGCAUCAAAAGCUGUUGCACGUAUGAGAAAAUUUCGGUUUUUCACCUCAUCGAUUUCAAGUGGAAUUUCGAUGGGUAAACGUCUUGUGAAUAACAUUCGACAAAUGGCAAAGAAACGUUUGAAUAAACUUCGAUGGGCACUGUUUCCAAAUUCCAAUGACUUAACUAUUGAAGAUGUAUCGUUUCGUCGUCGACGAUCAUUAAACUUCUGA